ACUCCCUUUCCUUUUGCCUUACGCCAAGGGUAAGGGGUGUGUAUAGGAGGAGAAAUUACGUUUGCUUACAGCGUUCUGAUUGAAAGUACAUACUGUCAUCUUAACCAUUCUUUUCCUUAAACUAUAUAUUUAAUCCGCUUGGGUUACUGUCCACUGCAACAACCAACGAUCCUCAUCAUAUCAAAGACACGAUGCUUCCCACAGUGACUGGACCAGGGGCUCUGCCCUUUGCCGUGCAGUUGAAGGCUCUGACUGACCAGGAGUUCAGGUACCAGCCCAAGCUGAGCGGGCUGAGGAUCAUUGAGACGGCCCAUGACAACGGCCUGAGGAUGACCGCCCGGCUCAGGGAGUACGAGGUGAAGGACCUCCUGUCUCUGACCAGGUUCUUUGGCUUCAGUGCAGAGACCUUCUCCCUGGCCGUCAACCUGCUGGACCGCUUCCUCGCUGUCAUGAAGAUCCAGCCGAAGCAUCUGUCAUGCGUGGGCCUGUCCUGUUUCUACAUCGCUGUGAAGACCUCGGAGGAGGAGAAGAAUGUCCCCAUGGCCAACGAGCUGAUCCGGAUCAGCCAGAACCGCUUCACCGUGUCCGACAUGAUGAGGAUGGAGAAGAUAAUUCUGGAGAAGCUCUACGGGAAGGUCAAAGCCCCCACGGCCCUCCACUUCCUCAGACUGUUCUACAGUUGCAUACAGGACACGCUUGAAGAUGACUGCAAGGAGAUCCUGAACAUUGAGAGACUAGAAGCCCAGCUGAAAGCCUGCCAUUGCUCUUUCACGUUCUCCAAAGUCAAGCCCUCUCUGCUUGCCCUGUCCUUAUUGGCUCUGGAGCUUCAGGAGCAGCAUGACCAUGAGCACGUAGACAAGCUGCUAAACGCCUUCCAGUCUCUCCAGCAGCAACUCACUGUCCGAGAAGGAGACCUGGUUAUCGUGACAGAGUUGGUUAUGAAGUGUCUGAUUGAGUAUUCAACCACCAGGGUCUCCAGGCCCAACAGCCAGAGGCUUCGUUGGAUCCUCUCUGGCAGAACGCAACGCACGUUAAAACACAGCUAUUACAAGAUCGCCCAUAUGCCCACAAUCCCCGAGUCCGCCUACUGAACUCUGGGGCUGGGUGACCACCGAUACAGAAGUAGGAGUAUACCGAUACAAAAGGAGAAGUAGGCUACCACCUCUUCUCCCCUAAAAACAUGUUUUGUUUUUCAGUUUCAUGGAAAAAUAACAAAAAGCCCCCCAAAAAAAACAACUUCCUGUACUCUACUUUUGCUACACGGUCACCCACCUCCACUACUAACCCAUUUCCCUUACAGAACUGCAUUAUGGAUGAUGUAGUUCUUUAAGGGGAAAAAAACCUAGCAAAUGCUUGCAUGUGUGUGUAUACAGUAUGUUCUUAUCUGAAUCAGUACCAACAUGAAUACUCUGCAUAGUAUUCUAUCGUGGUUGCUGGUUUUAAGCAAUGAAGUAUAGAACCACCUAGGUCCUCAGUCCACUAUGUGGAAGAGGAGGGAGAAGGGUUUUGUGAAAAUGCAAAAACAAUGGAACCAAGAAAUCGGACCCAAAACCCUUAACUUCCACCCUAGGUUGACGAACUGGCCUAAAAAUGCACACUCCUCUACCCAAGGUGAUGAAAAAUAUUUUAUUUAGAAACUUUUUUGUUGUUGUUGUACUUGUGAGGGUGUUUUUGUUGCGGUUUCCUCUGUGAUGUGAUGAAACUAGCAACGAUCCUGCACAUGUAUUGGUUUUAGCUUGCAGGAUAGCAUGCUCUUGGAGCUGAAACUGGCUGUGGAUGACACCCCCCAUUAUCUACUGUGGCGUCGAUAUAACUAACAAUGGUUACAGAUGAACACGAUCACUAUUACAAAAUGUGAUGUUGAAUUAUCUUGAUUUGUGGCAAAAACCGUAGCCUUUUAGAAAGCACCCACUCACAAUGAAUUUGUUGUAUUAUGCUAAAAAUGCACUAAGUCACUUAGAUAAGCACAGUAGACAUAGGAAAUGAAGUUAGUUUGAUCUGCAUUAUACUAAAGUAUUUGAUGUGCUGAGGCCAUAGCCAACCACAAUUUAGCGAAGUAUUUUGUUAAGAAUUUGAAAUAAAGUUGAUGUUCUGGAAUUUGAAAACUUUGCCUCAAAAAAAAA